UCGUUAAAGAGCUCCCUAGUUUCUCCCGGUGUCUGUCCAUGAUGAAACCAUUACCCAAAUGUGCUACGAUUAUAGUCGCUAUCGUCAUCACUGUACAAACAAUCAUCGCAAUUGAAGCUCAAGUCCCACCGUCGGAUGAGGCGCACAGUCGCGGCAAACGUACGAUAGUUUUCCCCUACAAUGCCGCCCAGGGUAUGAUUUGGGCAAUUGCGGUUCCAUUGGGGGUACCGGAUCGGAACAUCUUUCUGUCGUACAACUUCGAGGGUAACUACAACAAUCCGACUACGUCCAACGUGUUCACGGAAGGUUAUUACAAUUACAUUAGAGGAAUUGCGCCUCAAUUGUUGACACCAAACAUCUUCAUUACCCGAUCCCUGCAAGGAGACGCGAAGACAGAAAAUCAGAAAACUGCUACCAGUGAACGAGCUCUUCGUGCUGUUUCUGAGGCCCCCAGAAAAUUUAUCACACGAAAAAACAUAUAUCAUGCAAUCGAGGAACACUUGAUAAAAAACGGAUUCAAUGGCAAGAAAUGCAUUCUGCGAGCGAUUUGCGAUGCUGCUGAGCUGCCGAUGGCAGAAAAUAAUGGUCUGGUGGGAGAUUUAGUGCACAUCCUGUUGAGCCCAUCCACUUCCGAGGACGAGCAUCUGCCUGCCGAGUUCUACAAAGCCGAGCUGCUGGGCCUCGAGGGUCGCUGUCAAAAGUAUCACAAACACUGCAAGCACGAUAUUCUUGAAUUGUUUAGUUUUAUAAUGGAAGGAAUUGCUCCCCCUUUGGAAACACCCCCAAUCUACAUUCACCGAUCCUUGCAAGGAGACGCGGAGAUAGAAAAUUCGACUUCUACGGACUCGGCUCCGGACAAUGAAUUUGUUGUUACUGCGCAAGUGCCACAACUAAAGGCAACUGGACGCGCAAUGCGUUCUCUUCCCAACUUCCCGAGGAAGUUUUUCACCCGUAAAAAGAUAUAUCACGCAAUUGAGCAACACUUAAUCAUAAACAGAUUCAAUGGUAAAAAGUGCAUUCUUCGGGCGAUUUGUGAUGCUGCUGAGCUGCCGAUGGCAGACAACAAUGGUUCGGUGGGAGAUUUGGUGCACAUCCUUCUAAGCCCAUCCACUUCCGAAGAUGAGCAUCUUCCUGCCGAGUUCUACAAAGCCGAGCUACUGGGCCUCGAGGGUCGCUGUCAAAAGUACCACAAACACUGUAAGCACAAUAUUCUAGAACUCUUCAGUUUUGUAAUGGAAUGA